AUGUUCGGUAUCGACCUUCUGACUGGUUUGAUUUGUCUUGUCGUGUUCUAUGCACGAACCUCUAAUGGACAAUGUUGGUCCAACAGCGCUUGCAUCGAUGCCGGUCAAUGCAGUGCUAAAGGUGGAUCUUCCCAGGCGGGUCUCUGCUCUGGUGGUAACAAUAUUCGAUGUUGCACUUGUAAUAACUGCAUGGAUGCUACUGCUUGUUCAGCAAGUGGUGGAACUUCAUAUGCAGGCAUCUGUCCUGGUGCUGCUAACAUAAAAUGCUGCGUCAAAGGUGAUGGUCCAUCUGAAACUGGUUCCUAUAGACCAGUGAACAAGAUGCUCACAGAGUUAGCAGAUAUUCUCCGUGCAGCUGGUCUUACAGUAGUCGAAGAAGAUGGCUGGAAAACUCGUGGCCAUCGGGUGAUGUCAUCAGUGAAGGGUAUUCUGGUCCAUCACACGGCUGGAGCAGCCACUGGUGAAUUUCCCUCAAAGAAUGUUGUCAAAGUAGGUCGUUCUGAUCUCGCUGGUCCUCUUGCGCAACUUGGGUUAGGUCGUUCAGGAACUUGGUACGUUAUUGCCGCUGGUCUUUCUUAUCACGCUGGUAAAACAAUCGAUGACUCGAUCUUCGGAAACGCUAACGCCAUAGGUAUCGAAGCUGAGGCCACUGGCACUCCAGUUGAUAAUGCAGGACACAAGUACUGGCCCGAAGUACAAUGGCAGAGUUAUGUGCGUGGUGUUAAAGCUCUUAAGGAAGCUUACGGAAUUCCAACUGCACGUGUAUUAGGACAUAGAGAAGCAGCAGUGCCUCUAGGUCGCAAGCCAGAUCCAAACUUCUCCAUGGAUGAAUUUCGCGCUGCACUUGGUUAA